AUGAUUGAUGCCUCAAAAGACUUCCAGCAGGAUGGUGUUUCUGCGUCUGCCACGGAAUCUCUCACCCCUAAUAACCAUGUACUUAUUAGUGACGAUGUGCUUGAUGCUACCGCAGCCCAGCUUGCUUCUAAGCUUAAUACGCAAUCAUCGUCUGCUGAGCCAUUUCCUUCUGUGGUUCUUCCAGCUGUGUCUUCACUGUCAGAAGCUCUUUCUGUUCCUCCUAUAGAAGAAGGUACUUGUGUUAUUGACUUAGGUAGAGCAGAAUUGACGGGCUGGUUCCUUAGUCCUCUGUUAAAUGACCUUUACUCAACUGUCACGAUAAGUAGAAAAAGAAAAACUAGGCGCACAGCGUACUCCCUCUUGGAAAAAGUCCCUGACCAUUCUCUUGCGUUACCAAAUGCUCCAAACUGCCAGCAUUAUGGAGCAAAAAGGUUUCACUUGGAACCUCCAAAUUUCUGUUGCACGGGUGGUGACGUUUCUGUUGUUGUGCCUGCCAUGCCUUAUAGUCUUUAUCGGCUUUUUUCUGGUACAGAUGAAGAUAGUGUUGAGUUUCGCAAACACAUUCAUACUUAUAACAAUAAUGUCGCCUUCACUACUUUUGGUGCAAAGCAUCCAGUGUAUUUUUUUGAUGAACAAGAAGAGCUAUCUACAAGGCUUCGUAAUUCCCCUAGGCUUCGUGAAAGUACUAUGAAGUUCUUAAUGCGUAUUCUUGAAUCUAAUCCUUACACUAGAUUCUUUAAAAGCCUGCGAGAAGUUGAGGAUCUGGAAAACCACAGGAUUGUUCUUAACUCCAAUCCUAGCUUAGAUCAAAGGGUCUAUAAUCUACCAACCGCAUCCCAGGUUGCUGCAAUCUGGACUGAAUCUAAGGACCAACCAUUUGAAAAAAGUCCACAGAUUCAGGUUUAUUCACAUUCAAACACCAGCCAUCGAAUACAUCACUAUUUUUCCUACUAUGAUCCUUUACAGUAUCCACUCCUAUUUCCUCGCGGCGAGUGUGGUUGGCGUCAUGGGAUACUAAGAAAUUCUGACUCAAGAAAAAGAAAAUAUGAUACUUCUGAUGAUGCCAAUCUAAUUGAUUCUUCUUCGAUAGAAACUGCCUCGGAUUUGAUUCGCUUGGAACAGGAAGCUUCUGAAAAAGGAAGCAAAGAAUACCGCACUGUUUCUGUGAGAGAGCUUGACUUCCAUAGAAAAAAACAAAAUGACGUCAGGACAGAAAUCCUACAGGGUGUUAUGGAUAGUAUAUCUGGUGGACAGCGGCAAGGAAGUCAGGUUGGUCGAAGAGUGUAUCUUCCAGCUUCGUUUCUUGGAGGUCCAAGGGACAUGCGACGUCGUUACAUAGACGCUAUGGCUUUAGUUCAAAAAUAUGGCAGACCAGAUAUUUUUAUUACUAUGACUUGUAAGACUAACUGGAAGGAGAUUCAGGAAAAUCUAAAGUAUGGAGAAGAUGCACAGGAUAGGCCUGAUUUAGUAUCUAGAGUGUUUAGAGCAAAGUUCGAAAUGUUUAAAUAUGAGACACUAAAGAAAAAGAUCUUUGGAGAAGUCCAGGCACUUGUCCAUGUUAUUAAGUUUCAGAAAAGAGGUCUACCUCAUGCUCACUUGCUGUUGAUUCUUAAGCCUGAAUAUAAGCCGUUGAAUCCUGAAGCUUAUGAUAAAAUUGUUUUUGCUGAAAUUCCGGAUCCUGAUCAGCAGAGAUACCUGUAUUCACUUGUCAUCAAACACAUGAUGCAUGGUCCUUGUGGACAUCUGAACAAAGAUAAUGUUUGCAUGAGAAAUGGAACGUGCAGAAAUCAUUAUCCCAAGGAUUUCAGUGAAUACACUAUCCAUACAGAGGAUAGCUAUCCACAUUACAGAAGAAGGAAAAAUGGUCGCGUUGUAAGAGUACGAAAUAAAGCCCUUGACAACCGUUGGGUUGUGCCGUACAAUCCUUACCUUCUUGCACUAUUUGACUGCCAUAUGAACGUUGAGAUCUGUUCAACGGUCAAGUUAGUCAAAUAUUUAUACAAAUACGUCUACAAAGGGUACGACCGUGUUAGCUUUCAUAUAAAUAGUGGUGCUGCUGCUGAAAACGUUGAUGAGAUUAAUGACUUCCAGUCCGGGAAGUGGGUCGCAGCUGCAAAAGCCUUUUGGUGUAUAUAUAGGUUUUCUUUGAAUGAAAUGACCCUUUCUGUUUACGCUCUUCAGGUGCAUCUUCCAGGCCAUCAGAUGAUUUCGUUUCACAUGCAUUCAGAUCUUGCUGAUCUUUUGAAUCGUGCUGAUUUUGGCAAGACAAUGCUCACACAAUUCUUUCACAUGAAUAAGACCAAUAAGAUAGCUCAAAACCUCAAUUGCCUUUAUCGUGAUUUCCCUGAGUUUUUUGUUUGGAAGCCUAAAACAAAAACCUGGACUCGGAGGAAACGAAGGAUGGUGAUUGGCAGAUUGGUAACUGUUAGCCCAACUGAGGGAGAACGUUAUUAUCUCCGAUUACUUCUAUCUCAUGUCCAUGCUCCAACAUCAUUUGAGCAUCUAUUGACUGUCAAUGGUAAGAUUGCCCUAUCAUAUAGAGAAGUUGCCUUCGAAAUGGGCUUGCUCCAAUCUGAUACAUAUAUAGAGGAUGCUCUUACUGAUGCAGCAACAUUUCAAAUGCCAUCCUCGCUUAGAACUCUGUUUGCGGUUCUCUUAAUCUAUUGCUCCCCCAGCAAUCCAAGGCUUCUUUGGGAAAGGUUCGAGGGUGAGCUUUCCCAGGAUUUAAGAAGAAACUCGCAUUUGACUGAUCAUGAUUCUACUCAAAUAAGAAUCCGCACUUUCCAGGAUAUAAAUAGAAUCUUAGAACAAAUAAGAAAGAAUGUGAAUGACUACCAUCUUGUUCCUGAAGGCUUUUCUCUUGUAUGUGAUGAGCGGCUCACAAAGGAGAUAGAGAGUGAGAGAACCAUUUCAUUCACGGAAGAAGACUUACUCUUAUCUUCGAAAUUGAACGAAGGCCAGAAACGUGCUUAUGAUGAUAUUCUAGCUGAGGUUUAUUCUUCUGGGAAUAAGAGUUUUUUUGUUGAUGGUCCUGGGGGGACUGGAAAAACCUUCUUGUAUAGUUCACUUCUUGCAACGCUUAGAUCUCAGGGAUAUAUUGCGAUAGCAGUUGCAUCGUCUGGCGUUGCUGCUUCUAUUCUUCCUGGAGGAAGGACUGCUCAUUCGAGAUUCAAGAUUCUCUUGGAUGUAUCAAUGAACAGAACCUGCCAAAUUAGCAAGCAGAGCUCUGUAGCUAAACUUAUUUCACUAGCCAAGUUAAUCUUUUGGGAUGAGGCUUCAAUGGCUAAAAAGGAUACUGUAGAAGCAUUUGAUCUAUUACUGAAAGAUGUGAUGAAUUCUGAUAUUCCUUUUGGUGGUAAAAUAGUAGUUUUUGGUGGUGAUUUUCGUCAGACUUUACCUGUUAUACCAAGUGCAUCUAGGGACCAGCAGAUCGAAGCUAGCUUUGUAAAUUCCCCUCUAUGGAAUACUCUGACAAAACUUUCUUUAUCAGAAAAUAUGCGAGCCAUUCUAGACCUUCCAUACUCAGAUUUCCUUCUUAGAGUUGGUAAAGGCCUUGAACCUGAAGAUCUUGAUGGGAAAGUAUCUUUAUGUCAGCAUUUAUUAAUUCGGUUCAGUAACAAAAAUGAAUCACUGAACAGGUUGGUAGAUUUUGUAUUCUCCGAUCUCUGCCUUUAUUCAUUAGAUCCAUACAGGAUGAUUAACAGAUAUGUUCUUACGCCAAAGAACUCCUGUGUUGAUGAUAUUAAUGAAAUGAUGAUUGAUCGCUUCCCUGGACAGGCCUAUCAUGUUCUUUUUGUUGAGAUCGCAGUGGGUGAACAUCGAGGCAAACAAGUUGUUUUGCCUAGAAUUCCACAGCAGACAUCUAAUGCUGAGAAAAUUGGAAUUCCUUUUAAGCGUAUUCAGUUCCCAAUUAAGCUCUGCUUUGCCAUGAUGAUCAAUAAGUCCCAGGGUCAAACAUUGGAUCGUGUAGAGAUAUAUCUGCGCGAACCUGUUUUUUCGCAUGGCCAGCUAUACGUUGUUUUAUCUCGCGCUAAAAUGUCAACUGCAGUUAAGGGGUCUAAAGUUCAGGGGAUACUUUUUAAUUAUGCCAUAGAAAAAAUGGGUCCAAAGCUGAGGUUAUACAAAAAAUAUCGUAUCUCUAAUGCAGAUGUUAGGCCUACUGCUGAAAAGUUUCGGAUUGAUGAUCUUAAACUUCAGUGGGUUAUAGGGACCGACACAGUUGUUGAAGAAGUUGAUGAGGAUGGUUCUGGUGUGUUGCCGUUUCGAUUCAGUUUUACAGAAUAUAAAGAUCUUUGCCGUUAUGCAGACUCUACAACUGAAACUGUUGAUGUCAUUGGCGUUGUUGUUAAUGCAUCCUCUAUCAUUCCAAUCCAUAAGGAUUCUGCAUCAGCUUUUAUUGCAGUAAUAAUUGUUCCUUUUUUUACUCUCCUUAUGCAUAUAAUGAAUCCUGUUGUACUAUCUCUCUGGAACGAAUUCAUCAAAAACGAAGGAAAAUCGAUCCUUCAGCAGAAGGAUAAGUUUCCUGUUGUCGUAUGUCGCAGACUUAAAGUUGUUACAUAUGAUGGGUUCGCUUUGUCAACUAAAAAAGACACAGCCAUUCUUGUUAAUCCACCAAUCAGAGAUGCCAACCAGCUCAAACAUUGGGCUGUUAGGCAUGAAAAAUACUUAGCUGAUCUUGUUCAGGAUGAUGUUUUAUCAGUCUGA